UGUACGACAACUUCUUGGAUCACACAUUCCUUGGAGACCGUAAAACAACUAUUCGUCAGCAUUUGGCCACAAAAGGUUCAGGCAUCAUGGAAGAGGAGCCCCCUGAAUCUCUCAAAAUCCGUUAUGGUGGUUGAUGUUCAUGCGCGUGGUGAAGCCACUACUACCAAACGUCGUAUUCCGGGAGAUCCACUUAGAAACUCGUCGUCGAAGAGUUGAACCAGUUUACAACAUGUGCUCCUCCGACAGCCGUCCGAACAUCUCGGCGAACAAACCGGCGGAGGAGGUGAAGGAACUCCAUGACGAGUUGGAUUUCGAAACCGUAGUUUCACCCAACGGUCUUAUCACCAUCUGCGGGUUUGGUUCCCUACUUUCUGAACGGAGUGCCAGGAUUACGUUUCCGGAUCUGAUCAACUUCAGAGUCGCCAGAUUGAACGGCUUUCGACGCGUCUUGGCUGAUCUUGCUCCCGUUAGACGUGGAGUUGCCAGACCAGAAACCAAGGAAGUUUCUAGCUUAAGUGUUGAGCCUUGUGAAGGAGAAAGUCUGAUAGUUACAGCUUUUGAAGUUAAAAUAUCAGAGAUUCCAAGUUUUAUUGAGAGGGGGAUUGAAUUUCGCUUUCUAGCUGUUCUAGCUGAAACACUUGAUGGGAAGCCAUUUGAUAACCCAGCACUUCUUUGUGCCCGUUACAGUGACGAAGAAUUCUUCCAGAUUAGAUGCAAAGGUAGCAAGGAUAUUUAUUUUCAAUUAUGCGGACAGUAUAACAUUGAUAAGAUUUGGCAAGAUGAUAUCUUACCCUGUUGCCCUUAUUUGCGGCACUGUGUGUUAGCAGCAAAGAAUCUCGGCAAUGCAGCAUAUGACAACUUUUUGGAUCACACUUUUCUUGGUGACCGGAAAACUACCAUCCAUGAGUACUUGGCCACAAGAGGUUCUGGCAUCAUGGAGGAGGAGCCUCCAGAAUUUCAUAGGACGCAUUAUAGUGGUUGAUAUAAAUUGAUUGCCCAUUUAUUUCCAUAAAAAGGUCAUGAAACAUGCAUACAUUUUUCCAACCUUUGUAUUUCAAGAUAAGGUGCUUGAAUUUUGAUGAAUAAAGGUUAUACUUUUCAUACCUUUUGCUUUACGGCAUAAUUCUUCUAUGAUCCAUGAUUCAUAAAAUUGCCCAAUGAAUGAUUCUUUUGACAAGA